AUGGCAUCGUUGAAAGAGGAUUUAAACGAAGUGAGAGAGCACAUCCUAGAUUUGUACCUUGAUGUUAAAGUUCGCUCCAAUGAUGAGUUGAAUGGACUUGAUGAUUCGAAGUUAGUAGAGGAACGAUAGAAACUACGAACUGUGCAGACAAAAAUCAUCAUAGAUUACAUCAGAUCUUCAAUUGAAAUACUCCUAAACCUAAAGAUGGAGGACCAAAAUCUUAAUGACAGUCAGAUGUCAUUUAAGUCUUCCUAGAGUAAUGUCAUCAUAUAAAAAAGUAAAAAGAAAGGAUUGUUACUGUAAAAGUAGACACCAUUAGGGAAUGAAAGUGAAUAGUACAACAAAAUAUCUCAUAUCAAUGAUUCUAACAAAUCUUUUUCAAGCGUUAAUAAUACCACCUCCUAGAUGGGGUAUGAAGAGCAGAUGUAGCAAUAUGAAGCAGACAUCAGAAAUCAUAUCUCAAUAGAGUAACAGCUGAAGAUUUACAUUGAUAACUUAAAAUACAAAAUGGAAUGCGAUGAGAAGGAAUUCCUAAAGAAGGAGUAGACAUUCGGUGAGUAGAUUCAACAGCUCUAGAGAGACAAGGGUAGACUAGACGAGUUGAUUGGACUCAAGGAAAAAGAUCUAGACUCUCUGAGAGGUGAAAUCAAGAUUCUCAAAGAGCAGGUCUCAAGCACCGAGUUAAAGAGUGAAAGAAUGAGGAAAGAGACAUUACAGCAAGCAGAGACGAAGUAUAAAGGUCAGAUGAACUAGAUGCAAGAGGAGCUUGAAAGGUUCAGGUCUGUUUAUAGUACCACUCAGCAACUAGGAGGACAGCUAGGCAAUUUACCUUUCAAUUCUUAAUUUGAGGCCACCUAGCCGUUAAUAAAUUAUCAAAUGCCCAGCCAUUACUAAACUGGAGCUGAUUAAAAUAUGCCCUAUGCUCAAGCUCUAUAAAUGGUUAACUUUUACAAUAAUCCUUCAGGAGAUGAUCAUGUUCUUCAAAGCACAAUGUCAAAAUAAAAUCAACUUCUAGCAAGUAGCAAUAAAAAGAGUCAAUUAUCUCUAUCUAUGGCAAAAUCUAACAACAAGAUUCUAGGAGCCUACACUCAGACAUUAUCAACCCAGUAAUCUACAUCUGCUCUCAGAGAUACUCCCUCUGCCAACUAAAAUAUAAAUCCCUCUUCAGGAUCUAAAUUACCCCAUAGUGGCAGUUUUAUACAAGGGCCUUAUCAGAAUUCAUUUACUAAUCCAAGAAACUCAACACAAAUUGAAAAUCAAAAAAGUUUAAACAACAAUAGCAUGGACGGCAAUAAGAUGUAUACUAAAAAAACAUUAAUGAAGAAUCAUUCAGAGUAUUUCAUUACUAAUCCUAAUGUCAAAGACAUAGUAGAGAACACGUAGAAAUCAUUCAGAAACAAGGCAGCACAUCUCUUUGCCUAAGGAAUACUGCAGAAAAAGACCAUUAACAUUUAAAAAUCGCCAGAAAAAAAUAUAGCCAAAAGCAAUCUUUACAAGAUGACUCUCUAGAAAUCCCAAGACAAGUUUAAUUACACGGCGCUUAACACUGGCAAAAGGUUCUCUUAAAAGACUUCAAGUGAUAGAUUAAACUCUCAGCUAGGCUAGAGUUCAUUUAACCAAUCACUUUCCUCAUCUAUUCAGGGCGGACAUCAUAAGAAGACCAAAACUGCUAAUAUAUCUUAAAAUUGGAUUAAUAACACUAUAUCUGCCGCGAAUGUUAGAUAAACAGCGAAUAGCAGUCACAACAUGAGUAGGGAUAAUUCGCAGUCAAAGUCAAGGCUCAGCAAUGUUAUGCCUGCAAACAAUCAAGCCAAUUACACGUACAUUAAGCAAGCACAUACAUAGAGCAGAACUGUUCAGGAGGAUAGCACUCAUAAGAUUCCUAAUGCUAUUCAGAGCCAGAAGGACUAAUACAUCCUGUUCAGGACUAUUAACGAAGAUGAUGAUAACAAGGGGCCUUUAUUUAAGGAAGGCUUAUAAAGAAGUAUGGAUGGGGGGACUUAGAAUAUUAAGUCAAUGAAGAAUCUAAAGGCAACAAUCUUGGGCAACUCACAUCACAUUAAGUAGCCAACGAAGUUUAAGGUUAGCGAGAAAGAUAUUCAGCAAAGAAAUAGCCAAAAGCCAUCUGUCCACACUAUAUCAAUUAAUAACUCGAAAGCAGGAAGCAACUUUCAAUCAAACUCCAACCCCGUUUCAGUGUAGCCCAACAAGUAGAAUAAUCUCUGA